ACUGAACAAGAAUAGUGAAUUGACCGAACAAGAAAAAUGAACAGUAGCACAGUAGAACACAAGGCACUGUUAGAGUAGGAUGGGUGAUAUUUUAAGGUUACGAUGUUAAUAGAUCUAAAAUGAAUUUUAUGGAUAGUUUUAUUAUUUGACUUACUUCUCGUUCUAUAUAAUUAUAUUUAAAAAAAAAUACUAUUAGCAUGGCAAGACUGAAAGAAGCUACAUUAUCAGAUUCCACCAUCGAUAGCAGUGAUGACGAUGACGUGGAAACUUUCCAGAACAACUUUGACGAUAACACAUUUAACCUCAAUAAUUACAAUCCGAACCGAAGAAGUAGCGACUAUGAGGUUAACCGAAGCAGUCUCAGUGAGUCGAACCGACUGAGCUUCAACAGUGACGCUGACAAUCCUCUGAGUGACCCCGAGAGUAUUAAAGACCACCAAUCAGAGAGUAACCAACAAAAUUCAGAAUCAACGAGCAGUGAAGAAGAAAGCAAUUCGAGUCAGCAACAAUCCGCUUCUAGGAAGCGGACGGAUACUGUAACCUUCUACAAAUAUGGACAUCCGACCAAGGUGGUGCACAAAAGAACGCCCGAUGUCGCUGACAAGCCUGUCAGCCAUAAACGAUUCCCAUCCGGCUCUGACAGUGAAGAGGUUCAACCCAAGAGGUCGAAAUAUGAUGACCUCGCUAGACCAGCACAGAAGGAGGCCCAGAAUCUUGAUAAGGCGAAGGCCAUGAUGGAAAAAAUGGGAUAUAAAGAGGGCCGAGGUCUAGGAAAGCAUGACCAGGGAAGAGUGGCUCCAGUGGAGUUGUCAAAACAGCGUGGACGCAGAGGUUUAGGUCUCACACUGCCUGGGUUAGAACCUGCUGACCUCACUUGGGAUUCUACAUUAGAGGUGGUGAGCGUUGAAGAAAAACCAAACUGGCUUACAGGUGGACAUCUGCCUGCGUUACAAAUAAACGAAUUACAAAGUUGGAAACAGACUGGUCCCCGCAAUCUCAACAUUGAAGAAUUUACAGAUUUUUGUGACCCUAAUAUCCUCUCCAGUAUACUCACAAAGAAGAGCAUCUUUGACAGUCUGGAUGGAGAGGAAUUACGUAGGGCACGAACAAGAAGUAACCCUUUUGAGACCAUCGGAAAGGGGAUGUUCCUAAACAGAGCAGCCAUGAAGAUGGCUAACAUGGAUCGUGUGUUCGACUUUAUGUUCACAUCACCUCAGACGCAGGCAGGGGAUCCAAUGGUCGGUAAAGAUGAACUAUUGUACUUUGCGGACGUGUGUGCUGGACCUGGUGGAUUCUCGGAGUACGUCCUUUGGAGAAAGAAGUGGAGAGCGAAAGGUUUUGGUUUUACCCUGAAAGGAGAAAACGAUUUCAAAUUGGAAAAUUUCUUCUCUGGACCAUGUGAAAGUUUUGAGCCCUUCUAUGGAGUGAAAGACGAUGGCGAUGUGUUCGACCCUGCCAACAUCGAAAGUCUGAUGCAUUUCGUAAUGGAUAACACCCAACAGAUUGGAGUUCAUUUCAUGAUGGCAGAUGGUGGUUUCUCAGUGGAUGGCCAGGAGAACAUCCAAGAGCUGCUGUCCAAACAAUUGUACCUGUGCCAGUUCCUUGUGGCCCUCUGUAUCGUGCGCACCGGAGGUCACUUCGUCUGUAAAUUGUUCGACAUCUUCUCACCCUUCAGCGUAGGCCUGGUCUAUCUCAUGUACAGAGCUUUUGAACAAGUCUGCAUCCACAAGCCCAACACCAGCCGCCCAGCCAACUCAGAGAGGUACAUAAUCUGCAAGUGGAAGAGAGACGACUGUGAGCCGACUAGACAGUAUCUGUUCAAUCUGAACAAGGAGUUGUGUCGGCUGAGGUUAAACAGCAAAGAUGACAUCACUCUGUGUGUGGCUAUGGAGGAACUGACGCAAGAUGAAGUGUUUUACAACUACAUUGUAGAAUCCAACAACGUUCUGGGAGAGAGGCAGGUGGUCAACUUGGUGAAGGUAGCUGCGUUUUGUCGAGAUAUGAAUCUGUUGGAGACGAAACAGGCUGAGAUCCGGCGAUUGUGUCUCACCUACUGGAAUAUUCCUGACGUCGCUCGCAGGAUAGACAGGACAACCCCUGAGGAGUUGGCAAACCGGAGACUUCCAAACUGGACAGACUUAGGAUCUGGAUCAAACCUGUUGUCAGAGUCGCAGCUGGAAAAUGCAGUCAAGUCCGUGUUUGACUGGCACUGCGUUCCCAUUGCUAAUCAUGAAAACAUCUUUUUCUUCCUCAGUGUGGGCAGGAACAAAGUUUUUCGGCUGGCCAAAGGGAACAAGUACUGGACGAAAGCGGAAACCAGUAGUCUGGAACUGAGCCCCGGAACAUUGGUGUUCGGAGAACUGGUGCAGGAGUACCAGGGAGAAGGCAAGUCUCAGUUGAAAAAGACAGCAUUCCACAUCAUUGACGCCAUCAGCCUGGGAGAAGAGAAUGUCAGCCAGUUGCACUACACUGAAAGGCUGAAGAUUUGCAAGCUGUUUGCAGAAUCUCAUUACAAGUCGACAAGAAUGGACAUGUGCCGAAUUAGAGUGAAGCAUGCUUACUAUCUGGAGGAGAUCAAUCGAUUGUUCCAAGGGUUGACUGUAUAUGUGAUGAAAGGUGGAACCCAUGAACUCCUUCUCAAGAUAGAUGGAUUUUCUUUCCAACCAAAGGGAGUUAUGUUCAUCAAAGCAACCAAAGAACCCUGGAUGAGGCACCUGAGCAGAAGUCACAAAACGUGUUACUACGCAAGGCCUGGUUCAGCCUCCCUCUUCGACAAGGACAGACCUGCUGAGGCCUGUGCCCCUGCCGUGGAUUGUAUACAAAGGCGGCUAAUCUGGAAGUGGGAAAAUGGAGUGGGCAUCCAUCAAGAGCCAGCACGUGAAGGUGUUCUACACAAGGACCAAUUGGUCAACUUUACCUUAGCCAAACUUGGCCGCAGAUAACAUAAGACUGUUGUGUAUUUAUACGUCUUAGUUUGUAAAAGUUAUGUACAAAGUCAUUAAAUAUGUUCAUUCCAUUAAGUUUUAAAA